CGAAAUAUGGCAACACCGCCGAUCAAGCCGUCAGCCAGCCGGGGUCAGUUUUCCAGGGAGGGUGUGUAGGACAGGCAUUUCGCAGCCUUUUUCGGCCCCUUCUGCAGCGCCUGCCGCCGAAAUGCCGAUGUUGACAACGACCGCUUUACGCCGGAAUCAGGAGUUUGUGGCGUAACACUCUGGAAAUCUGACAAGCCAGCCGUCCGUCCGACGCGUCCGAUCGAGCGGAGCAUGAACAGUCCCACGACCCGUUCACCCCGCGUCCACCGCCGUCCGCACCCUCGCCCCUGUAAACGCAAACCCUGCGCCAACCAGCUUAGGUCCCGCUUUGAGUCACAGAAGGGAAUGGAGGCGCCACCGUGCAAAAGUUCAGGUCCAGUGCGCACAGGACCCAAGGUGUCCCAAAUUGCCACCAUCUUCCAGACCAUGAGCCCAAGCAAAGAAGUGGCUGACACGUCCGUCCCGCCCAUCAGUCCGCGCACCACCUCCCUCGAGGGGUCCACCCAGUCGUCGCAGCGGUUCAACGUGGCACGCGCCCUUUUCGAAAGGCUUGGCGAGGACGCGAAACCGAUCGUUCCCAAUAAGGCGGAAAAGCUGGCGGUGAACACGCAGCUGCGGGGCCAACCGCGGCCCACGAACGGCCACCACUACCCCGAGCAGCUGGCCGCGGAGGCGCCGCGCGAAGAGAAACCGGUGCCGCCGCCGCACCGAGUGAUGCCAUCCUCGGCGCCGCCGCCUAAGCCGCCCAAGCCGGAGAAGCCAGAGCGGAAGUUUUCCAGCAAGGAGCUGAUCGAGAAGCAACGCAACUGGACGGCGCACUUCAAAAAUAAAUCUUCCAGUCCGCGAGCUUCAUUUGACCGAGUCCAAGGCAUCCGAGUGCCUGUGCUGCCCACCAUCGGUGGACCCAUUCCCCUUGAGAGUCCCAUCGAGAGGCCGCAUGAAAAACAAGAUGUGCCAGAAAAAAUCGAAAUUGGAGUUGUUACUCCAACGUCACCAGCACCUAGUAUUAAUUCAGAAACACGCUCGUACCCAUCAAUGCUCUCUACAACGCCCUCUGGAACGGAAAGUUCGGGUGACUCAUUGGACACGGAUAAGACGCUGUCCGAAUUGUCGGAAGCGUCGCCCGGCGCCCUGCAGCAGAGUCACUCGAGUCCGCUUGAGGGCCCAGUGAUCAAAAAGAGCGAGGAUAAGGAAAUUCUCGCGAGUCAAAGUUACGAGGAGAUCUGCAAAGAUGUUUCAAAACAGAAGGAGGGCCGUGUCAGUCCACAGCUCGCCAGUGAUGAGGAGGAAGAACUCAACCAACUAGUAGCAGUCCAUGACAUGAGGAACAAGGUUUCCUCGAUGCAGUUGGUGCUAGAAACGCCAGCUUCACCCACGAAACCACAGUCGCCAGAGUUGCAGCCAAUGGAGUCGGAAACGAUUUCAGAGGAUCGCCCACCUUCGCCAGAAGUUGCGGCCGCGACGCAGGACAAAGUCAAGUUUGUCGACCAGGUGGUCGUGGUGGAGGAAGAAUCUGUGCCGCUGGCGGAGGAGGAGGAGGAAGAGGAUGACGAAGAGGACGAGGCAAUAACUGAAGAAGUCGAGGAGGCAGUGACCGAAGAAGUGGAGGAAGCGAUAACCGAGGAGGUGGAGGAGUCGCAGUCAGAGGUCUCUCCUGAGCAGAGCGAAGCAACGCAAUCUUUGCAAAGAGAGCUUUCCUCGCCUGAGAAUGAAACACCACCUACCCUGCCUCCAAAAGACAUUUCGCCUGAGGUAGAGGAACUGCCUCCACUGCCCCAGGCUGACUCUCCUAGGUUGCAUCCCAAGGGUGAAAAUGUCGUCCGUCGGCCGCUGCCGCCCUCUCCCGAGGAGGAAAAGCUGCCUGAGCUACCCGAGAGUCAUGUGGUACCUGCCAGAAGAAUUCCGCUUCCUCCUGAGCCGCAGGAAGAAAAGCCACUUCCACCUAUUCCACGCAGGAAUAUGCCAGAGUUUGUCGAGUCUCCGCCGCCACUGCCCCCAAAAGAUAUCCCUGACAUCCCUGAGUACGCUGUUCCGCACAAAGUUAAGCAGCACAUCAAACAGCAGCAGGAAAAAGAAAGACAGGAACAGCUGGAAGCUGAGAGGAAGCAGCUUGAGGCUGAAAAUAGGCAGCUCGAGGCCGAAAAGAAACAGCUUGAGGCCGAAAAGAAGCAGCUUGAGCCUGAAACAAUGACCUCUGACGAGGCGGAAAAUCUGCUCAGCACAAGAAUACUUGCCAAAAGACAAGAAACUCUCCUCUCAGACGAACAAGCUGAAGAAGUGCCAAGACUUUUGGCUAAGGCCAACGAGGCGAGAGCCUCCCCCAGUGAAACUGUUGCUCCAGAGCCAGAGGAGAUUAUCGAGCUCGUGCCGACUACCGUUUUUGACAAGUCCCAAGAGUCCACCUUACCUGAUACUAGUUUAGAUUACAGAGAACCUUUGAACGGGUCGCUCUCGUCGGAGUCCGUGGGUCUGGCUGACUCAUUGCCAGUGACAAGAAGUGUUGCCGAGCGUAGCGGUAAAGCAGAGCAAGUGACCGUCGUCGAAGAGAUAGAGCCGCCUGAGUACGUGGCUGUAGCUUGCAGAGAGCUUUUCGUGGAAAACGGCAUUCACUACCUCGAGGACGGCCACUUUUGGGUCGAAGUGCCCGGUCUUCCAGAGUCUGACGAGGAGGAGGAGUUUGACGAGAGCGUCAUGGUCAAGGCACCUUCCAGAGUGUGCUUCAGCGCUGGCCCCAUGAGAGUUUACUCGACACACUCCAUCUCGGACUACGACAGGCGUAACGACGAUGUCGAUCCUGUUGCGGCAUCUGCCGAGUACGAGUUGGAGAAGAGGGUUGAAAAGAUGGAUGUUUUUCCUGUUGAGCUCAUCAAGGGCCCUGAAGGUCUGGGUCUCAGCAUAAUUGGAAUGGGUGUCGGCGCGGACGCAGGCCUAGAAAAGUUAGGCAUUUUUGUGAAGACGAUUGCCGACCAGGGCGCCGCCGCUCGCGACGGACGCAUACAGGUGAACGAUCAAAUUAUCGAAGUGGACGGCAAGUCGCUGGUCGGGGUUACACAGGCGUACGCAGCGUCAGUGCUCAGGAACACAUCCGGUUUGGUCAAGUUCCUGAUCGGCAGGGAGAAGGACCCAGAGAACAGCGAGGUGGCGCAACUGAUCAAGCAGUCGCUGCAGGCGGACCGGGAGCGCGAGGAGGCCCGCCGGCAGCAGCAUCAUGAGGCCAUUGCUAUGGCCCAGCACCAGCAGCAGCAGUCACCUGGCGGUGAUAGCAUGUCAGACAUGGCCCAUUCACCAGAGGGUCCAAUCAUGCGGCAGCAACCCUCGUCCGCCGAGCUUGAAGCCAUGAAGCAGCUGGUCAAGGAGAGUCAGUACAAAUUGGCCGUGGCAGACUCUGAUAUCGCCAGACUAAAAGCGAGGCUGGCGGAACAGGAGCGGCAGAGCGGAGAGGAGGUGUCAGACCGGCUGAAGCAGGCGUCGCAGAGGCUGCGCGAGAUGGAGCGCGGUCUGCAGGCGGCCAAGAAGGAGGUGGCCACCUACCAGGACAUGCUGGAGCAGUCGCAGGGCCAGUACACCGUGCUGGAGAAGAAGUACCACAAGGCCAAGAAGCUUCUCAGGGAAUAUCAGCAGCGCGAGCAGGACUUGCUGCACAGGGAGGAGUUCCACCUGCAGCUCCUGCAGGAGAAGGACACUGAGUACAACGCCCUUGUUAAAACACUCAAAGAUAGGAUAAUUCAACUAGAGCAAGAGUUGUUGGACACCCAGAAGGCAGCCGGGCUGACCCCACAGCUUCCAUAUGACAGCAACAGCAUCAGGCAGCUGACCCCAAAAAUGGGCAGGAAACACUCUGCACAGGCGACAAAGCCGCUCAUGGAGCAGCUGGACACAGAGCUGUCCGACACAGAGAUCUCGGACUGCAGCCCUGAGGAGACUGACAAAACCUCAACCGUGGAGAGAAAGAUGCCUGUUAAGGAGGAGCUUGAUAGGGCUGUGCCGCCACACGAGCUGCUCGACAACUCUGCCUUUAAAUCAAGGGUGGAGCUUGUCAAGGGUGGCAGCCUCGCCGGCAGGCAGCUGCCCACCCCCAGCAAAAAGUCGCCAGUAAAUCCCAAUUGUCCAGACUACGGCCUAGAAAACAGCUAUCAUUCCACCACCGAAGAGGAAGAGGAGUCUUUCAAAGCAGCCACCGAAACUUCCAUUUCCACAAGUUCAUCUUCAUCCAGUCAGGUGUCGGUCGAGAGGCCGUCCAACCUGUCUAUCCACUCUCAGUCCAUGUAUCAGCAGCGCUCAGUGUACAGCUCAUCACAACAAGAACAAAGUUAUCAACAGAACGUAUACGGGAGCAGAGGGAGUUACAACACGGUACCAGGCAAGAGGUCGUCCGGCGUUGGUCCGCCGCCAUCGUUGGCUGAGCAGCUGAAGCAGGUGCUUGCCGACCGCGAGCGGCGGAUCAACACCGGCGAGAAAAAGGACAUGGAUCACCACAAGCCGUCGACGAUCUCGCAGACGCUGGUCGAGGAAAUACGACUCGCUGUGCAGGAGGCGAACGCACGUAUCAAGCGGGUGCCAAAGCUAGACCCGCGCGACUCAACAGGCUCGCUGAGUUCGUGUGCAAGCGUUCCCGCCCUGCGUACCUCCUCCUCGCUGGACAACUCCCGGAGCAACCUGGACGACCCCAGCAGCCCAGAACAAGUGUGGCUGUCGCAGGAAAUGCUGGCCACGCAGCAACAGCAGGAGAAGCGCAGCUCUGGUCACUUUUGGCACACGUCCUCCGUGUCAGCGUGGACCAAAGAGCAGGUGUGCCAGUGGCUGGUGGUUUUGGGCUUGGACCACUACACGACCAGCUUUUACGAGCACAACGUCACGGGUCCCGAGCUGCUGAUGCUGGAGUCAAAGGAGAUGAAAACGCUGGGCGUUGGCGGCGAGGACAAGGCCAAGCUGAAACGCAAGCUGAAGGAGCUGCGGCUGCACGAGGAGCGGGAGCGCAAACAGGCGGACAAGGAGCGCAAGGAGAAGGAAAAGCUGCAGAAGAAGGCAGAGAAGCUAGCCGAGAAAGCGAGCAAAAUUAAGAAAUAGACAGGCGGCAAUUAUUUUUAACUCAAGAACACCAGUGUUUGUGUAAUUUGAAAACGAAUGCAAAGUAUUUUACUGCUAGAGGGGACGGUUUGGCAGCUGCGAUCGAUCGGUCGAUCAAUUCUGUUCUUAUAAAUAAUAUUCACCAAUUUGCUGCCAAUGUGCUCAAACAUAAAGGGAAUAUCUUGUACUUAGGCAUCAUUUAUAUCCGGCGAGACGUUUUAACCCUGCGAAAGUGUAAAUGUACAGAGCAGUCGCAUAAUUUAUUACGAAUUUGUAAACACACAGGUUUGUUUUGCUGGGAAUGAAAUUCACUCGCACCCGAACGGAGCCUGGCAUCAGUCCGUAGUUGAUUCCGUGCAUAAUUUAUAUUUAUUACGGAUGACUUUUGUUAUUGUUUCUUUGUUAUGGUUGUUUUUGACUACUUUUGUUGACGACGAUUAUGAGUUUUAUCUAUUUUGAUUUGCAAAAGCAAAUCGCACACACCUUUUGUACACGUACAAAAAGCGCGAGUUGGAUGAUAUGAUGUGCAAGCAUUUAUACAUAUAUACAUAUUUGCCGCAAUUGAUUCAGCAGCACAAGCUUCUAAUCUAAUUUAUUUCGAACGCAUCUGAUUCUUGCCUCGUUUAACAUGCACGUGCCAUGCACUCGAAAAGUGCUUUUUUUCACAAGCGAUUUUGUUUUCUUGUGUGCUCGUUCGAAGCUGCAAAUCAAUGCCAACGGGAGAAUGAAUUUUUUAAUCACUUUCUUUCGCGCCAAACGAAUCGACGUUUUGGCAAAACGUGGGCACACGUCGUUGCAUUUAAAUUUCCGCGUGACACUUGAUGGCAGCAACCAAUCUCAAGGGAAAUAUUAUUUAAGUGUUCGUUCUAAAACUAUAUGGCUUUGCGAUCUAACCCACUAUUUCUGAAUCCCAGUGCCAAUCUCUUUAGUUUGGGUUUUCAUCGGGGGUUAUAUCCGUAGCUGUUUGAUUGACUUGAGUAGCUAACUUUUUCGUUUAGGGUUCGAAAUAUUAUGACCAAGCUAAUAUUCUCGUGGUCUGAUAACGUAUUUUGUAAUAUCAAGAAACAGUUAGCCACACAAAAUACACUCAAGCGAAUUGAAGAUAUAAAAAAAUGCCAAACUGUUCAUAUUGCGAUGCAUAGAGUCUAUAAAAAGAGAGAAGCCGACAGGCAGCUCAACUACAUUGCAAGUGUGUAGGUUACUCUCCCGUAAAUUGUAGAUUGAAGGUUGUUAACUGAGCAAGUAAGGCUCUGAUCUUUUCCCGCGAUCUGGAGGCUGAGUACAGAUGACGGCAUGUGAUUGGUCCAUAAGAUUUACAAGAGGGAAAAGUUAAUUCGCUCAAAACCCUGAUUUUCUGUGUGAGUUUCGCUAAAUUCGGAGAGGAAAGGGAAGUUGGGAUUGCCAUUGGUCGACGACGUUUAACUGAAACAACAAUUAUUAACUGUAAAUCUACCUAAUGAUUGCUACUAAACUAACCAACAGUAUUUACGUAGGUUUAGAUUUUUGUAUCAAGCGAGCAUGCAAGAAUACGUGAAAGAUUCUAGGGUAGCACACUCACACCAUACAUUUGGACGAACUAAAAUAAUAUAUUCGCUGACCUUUUCACUCUUACUGUAUAGCACUUGAGCGCAUUUUUUUGAAGGGUUUUCAUAAAAUAUAAUUAAAAUUUGUGCACAACAAUCUACAUUUGUAUACAUUCCCAUAGAUAAUUUAUUCUAUUCUGAUAAUUUUAAAUAACAUUCCAAGCUUGCCAAAAGUGACGCGUGCGUUGAAUGGAGAGAACUUAAAAAAGAAUCAAACUGUUUAACUGUGACUCCCUGUAAAAUGAAAAAAAGGUAUCGAUUCUCCCCCCGAAACAAUUAUUAAAUAUGUUUGCGUAUGACUGCGAACGAUGGAAAACGAAAAUUGAACGAUAUUGAGGAUAAAGUGAUAAUUAGAACCCUCUUAGCGUAGAACGUUACGUCAAUCAGAAAUAAUUUUGAGCACCUGAUGUGUGUGUCUGUGUGUUGUUCCAAAAUAUUGAUAUAAAAUAAAAGAUAUGAAACGAAA